UAAUACUUAAUAAUAUCGAAUUUAUUCUAAUUGAGUAAAAACAAAAUAAAACAAAAAAAAAGAAAGAACAAAAUGGCAGCUCUACCGCAUUUAGAUGAAGAAAAACUCAAAAUGGUUCAAGAUUUGGAAUUAGAAAUGAUGUCUGACAUGUAUAAUCGUAUGUUAUCGGCUUGUCAUAGAAAAUGUAUCCCACCAAAAUAUAGUGAAGCAGAAUUGGGAAAAGGAGAAUCAAUAUGUUUAGAUCGUUGUGUAGCUAAAUAUUUAGACGUUCAUGAACGUGUAGGAAAGAAACUUACACAAAUGUCUAUGCAAGAAGAUAAUUUUAUGAAAAAUAAAGUCAACUAACAACCAAAGAAAGAAAAGUUAAAUUAUCCAUCAUGUAUUUUUUAUUUGCUGAAUGAUAAUGGUGCUAAAAUUCAUUGAAAUCAUUUCUUUCUUACUGACAUUACUUAUUCGAAUAGAAGUGAACAGUGAGUUGUCAUAUUGUAACAUUAUCGUUGUUGCAAAGCAUUCAAUUAUGGUAGUUCAUGCGUAAUAAUAUAAUGACAAAUAAAGUACAACUUUGUAUUUAAUUAUCAAAUUGUUAAUAAAGUUAUACUUUAGA